AUGGUGGAUAACGUUGGAGGCAGUUCUUCUAAUGUUGACAAUAGUGGCAUCAAGGAACAAGACCGGUUGUUGCCAAUAGCCAAUGUUGGGAGGAUCAUGAAGCAGAUUUUACCUCCAAAUGCAAAAAUCUCAAAGGAAUCGAAGGAAACAAUGCAAGAGUGUGUGUCGGAGUUCAUAAGCUUUGUAACCAGUGAGGCUUCAGAGAAGUGCAGGAAGGAAAGGAGGAAGACUGUGAACGGUGAUGAUAUUUGCUGGGCAUUGGGGUCCCUUGGUUUUGAUGACUAUGCAGAGCCAAUGAGAAGGUAUUUGCACAGAUAUAGAGAGCUAGAGGUAGAUAGAACCACCAACCAAGAUAGAGGAAAUAGCACCCCAGAAGAGAAGGAUCAUGAUCACUAUUCAAGUUAUCCCCCAAGCUAG